CCACUGACAAUCUCCCUCUCCCCUUGUCCCCAGGAGGAAGAGCCCUGCGGCUAAUGGAGGAGCUGACCCCUGACCGGCAGCGCCCCUGAGCCCCGUGGCAGGGAGAUGGCGCGGCGGGUCAGGCUGCAGAGCCCCUCACACCCGGACCUGCUGCUGCACCGGGCCAGUGAGCUGAGGCAUGCGCGGGCCCUGUGCGACGUGUUGGUGCGUGUGGGCCAGCGGGACUUCCCGGCCCACAGCUUGGUGCUGGCCUGCGCCAGCCGCACCCUGGCCCGGCUCCUCCUGCCACAGGGCCCCAGCAAGCUCUGCAGCCUGGACUUCCUUGCGCCUGCCACCUUCAAGCACGUCCUGGACUUUGCCUACACCGGCAGCCUUGAGGUGGCUCCUGAGGAGCUCGCCAGCCUCUUGGCCACUGCCCGGGACCUGGAGAUGGAGGAGCUGGAGCAGGUGUGCCUUAGGGCGCUGGGGACUAGAGACCCCGAUGGGACUGGCAUUGGCGACAGGGCUGGCGGCCAUGAUUCAGUUGGCGUUGGGGACAGGACUGGUGGCCAUGAUGGGCUUGCCAUUGGCGACAAGACUGGUGGUCAUGGUGGAGUUGGCCACAGGACUGGUGGCCAUGACGGGGUUGACAUUGGCGACAGGAUUGGUGGCCAUGACGGAGUUGCCAUUGGCGACAGGGCUGAUGGCCCUGACGAAGUGGGCAUUGGCAACAGGACUGGCGGCCAUGAUGGAGUUGGCAUUGGUGAUUGGGCUGGUGGCCAUGACAGGGUUGCCAUUGGCGAUGGUGCUGGUGACCAUGAUGGAGUUGUCAUUGGUGACAGGGCUGGCAGCCAUGACGGGGUUGGCGCCCAAGACGCGAAGAAGGAGACAGCGGAUGGGAUGUCCCAGAUGAAGUCGCCAGGCAACCAUGACCUAGUUUUAUUAGCCAAUGGGCCCUGCCUGGCCCUGGGUAGGCCAGACAGUAAGGGGAGCCAAAUCCAAGAUGGCAGCUUGGCACCCAGUUGGGUCCUGUUUGAACAGUCCUCCCUCAAGCCACGGGAAAGCGUCAUCACAGCUACGGCCCGGCCACUGCCUCAGGAGCACCGCGCCCAUCCCUGGCCGCCAGAGGCGCUCUGGGGGCCAGAGGGGGUGGUUGCUGGCUACCAGCCCUGCCCGCCAUUGCUCAGCUACCAGCUGCAGUCGCUGCCUUCGCCUUUGGGCAACCUGGGGCCUGGGCACAUGGCCCUCUCCGCAUCGGUGGGUUUCCAUGGCUACGUCCGACCCUUCCCCUGCGGGCUGGAGAUGGGGAAGCCGGGCACCCCCAGUGGGAUCACGGGCAGAGAGAAGCAACUGGAAGACCAGAGGCUUCUGGCGCUUCCGGCCAAGAGCUCGGGGUACGACCUCUGCCCCCAGCGGGGCCCAGAUGCCCAGCGCCUCCCACUGCUCUGCCACCCACGGCCUCAGUCGCUCCCACUCUCCUGUUUCCGGGCCCAGCGGAGCUGUGACAAGGACUUGCUGCCUCUGAGCACAGCGCCCCCUGGAGAGCCAGCCACAGCGGCGUCAACCACACUGUACUUGAUGUACGGCCCACGGUGCCCCCCACGGGCCCUGCCGGCUGGCGCCUGGAGCUACAUCUGCCAGCUGUGCCAGCGGCGGUUCCCCAGCCAGACGGCGCUGCGCAGACACAGCCGCAGCCACAUGGGCCAGCGGCUGUUGGAGCGGGAGUUCUGUGCCCGUGGGUUCCAGGCCGAGGCCAGGCUGCAGGGGCCCCGGCGGGCAUCCCCAGGCGAGAAGCCCUACGAGUGCGGCGAGUGCAGCAAGCGCUUCACCCUCAAGCACCAGAUGGAGACGCACUAUCGGGUGCACACUGGCGAGAAGCCGUUCCAGUGCAAGCUCUGCCCCCAGCGCUCCCGCGACUACUCCGCCAUGAUCAAGCACCUGCGGACCCAUGGUGGCGCCGCCCCUUAUCGCUGCACCCUAUGCUGCCAAUUCUGCCCCAGCCUGGCCGCCAUGCAGAAGCACAUGAAGGGCCAUUGUCCCGAGGAGCUGCCCUCGGACUGGACGAUCGAGACCACCUAUCUCUACUCCUCCUCCACCUCCUCCUGAGCCGCCUGUGCUAGUGCAGGCACCGGGGGACUCAUGCGUGGCACGGGGAGGGCGCGGGGACCAGCGUCGGCGUGGCAGACGGAUCUGCGAUGGAGCGCGGCACGGGGAGGGCGCGGGGACCAGCGUUGGCGUGGCAGACGGAUCUGCGAUGGAGCGCGGCACGGGGAGGGCGCGGGGACCAGCGUUGGUGUGGCAGUGCCUGACAUGGGGAGAGGGCACAGCUGGCCAUGGCUGGACCCGCAGAACACAGAUCUGUGGCUCGCUUUCCUGCCCGUCACACACAGCACGCCGGGAGCGCCGCCCGCUGGCUGGGAGUCAUGCGUGUGGCAAGGGCACCAUGGCCAGCUAGGUACUAAGGGCAUGAACCCUGCCACAGGCCAGAGAUGAGAAUUCACAUGGAGUAGAUCGGUCCCUGCUGUUUCCAGCUCACCCUGUAGGGGGUGCCGUAUGUGUGGGGCCCCAACCUCUACCAUCACCCUCAAUGUGGGGAUGGGGAGCCCCCAGUUAUUGUGGGGCCUGGGGGGUGUUAGGUGAACCCAGAUCUGCGGGGACUCCUGCUGCUCAGUAGCUAACUGGGGGAGGGGGCAUCUGUCAUUAGCUUGGCAGGAUCCCCUGCUCUACUUGGGCUCCCUGCCCCACAUGGCCAGCAGAGAGCUGAGACUGGAGGGGAGGGAUUCUGCCAGCCCCGGGCUGCAAUGUCCCGGAGUCACAAGUGGCUGGGGAAGGGCCUGCCUUGAUCACCGUGGGUCACUCAUUACCCGGCAGCGGAGUGGGACUCAUUAGCCCGCAGGAAUCCAGGCGACACUAAACUGUCCAGAGCCGCAAGCAGAGAACUGGGAAGCUCCCGGGGGGCGGGGGGUAAGAACUGGCACCAGGGUCAGGGACUGGAGAACUGGGGUGCGGGGAGGAAUAGCUGGGGUUCAUACGGCAAUGCCCCUUCUAUUCUGCCCCCGCACCCCUUGCUCUCACUCCCCCUUGGCCUGCUUUGACUCCCCUGUCCCUGUGGGUGCUGCACAGACCCCUCAACAAGACUGGGGUUCCCAUUGCCCUGGGCGCUGCACAGACCCCCCCCAUCACACUGGGCGCUGCACAAACACUGAGUCAGAGACGCUCCCUACCCCAAAGACCUUCCCGAUCUGGACAGGCAGAGUAUCCCAUUACACGGCUGGGGAAACCGAGGCUCAACGAGCCACAGCAACCGGAGUGCCUCACCUGCCACUCCUUCAUGUCCUGCCCUCGGCCUGGCUUUGCCAGCUGUGUUCCGGGGCUGAUGGCCAUCGCGUGUUGCGUCCCAUCUCUUGCCCCUUUGUGGCCAGGCCCCACAAGCCGUCUGUGGGGUGG